AUUGACGUCAGAGGAGGGAGAGCGCUCGAGCGCUAGAGCACUGCGGAGCGACGCGCGCACCACUACAUGCCUCGUCCUGGUCGGACAGCGGGCAUCAUUUAUUAAUAAAAACAACAGUGAGCGGACGUUUGAAGACGUUAGGGAGCGAAUUUUUUGUUUAGCCUCCAGAAAAAUACGCGAGGGAAGCUGAGAAUAUUUCCAACGGAUGCUUGUUUACAUAUAGACGCCUGAAACGCUGCGUAUCACUUUAUAUGGUGAUGUCUCAGUAGAGCUCCAGUUUCCUUUAGCUCCCUCUGGUAAGAGAGCCCAAUCCUUCAACUGAACCUCCACUGCUUGAUCCAAAAUGGCUGCCACCAAAAGCGGUUAUGAGGGCAAGAUAGCCGGCUUAUACGACCUAGACCGCACACUGGGCAAAGGCCAUUUUGCUGUGGUCAAACUAGCCCGUCAUGUGUUCACAGGCCAAUUAGUAGCAGUCAAAGUCAUCGACAAGACAAAACUUGAUGACUUAGCAACUGGCCACUUGCUUCAAGAAGUCCGCUGCAUGAAACUUGUCCAGCACCCCAACGUAGUUCGACUGUAUGAGGUUAUCGAUACACAGACCAAGCUGUAUCUCAUUCUAGAGUUGGGCGACGGAGGUGACAUGUACGAUUACAUCUUGCGUCACGAAGGCGGAGUGGCCGAAGACAUGGCGAAAGUGCACUUUGCGCAGAUCAUUCAAGCGAUAUCCUACUGCCAUCGUCUGCACGUUGUCCACAGGGAUCUGAAGCCAGAGAAUGUGGUGUUCUUCAGGCAGCAGGGGACAGUGAAGCUGACAGAUUUCGGCUUCAGUAACCACUUUCAGCCAGGGACCAUGUUGAUGACCAGCUGUGGUUCACUAGCAUACUCCGCCCCAGAAAUACUGCUAGGCGAAGAGUAUGACGCUCCAGCAGUGGAUAUCUGGUCACUGGGUGUGAUCCUCUACAUGUUAGUCUGUGGACACCCACCCUUUCAAGAGGCCAAUGACAGCGAGACCCUCAUCAUGAUCAUGGACUGUCGCUACACUGUGCCAAACCACGUCUCUCCAGAAUGCAAAGAUUUGAUUUCACGUAUGCUACAGAGGGAUCCGGCUAAACGAGCAUCUCUGACAGAGAUAGAGGGCCACCCUUGGUUGCAGGGUGUUGACCCUUCGCCUGCCGGGUACACAGCUGCCCCGCUCACCUCCCACCGCAGUUUGUUACCCGAGGAGCACGAGUUCAUACUGCAGGCCAUGACGAGUGGCAGCAUUGCUGACCGAGAUGCCAUUCAGGAAGCACUGGAGGCUGACAGAUAUAACCACAUCACAGCCACGUACUACUUGCUUGGAGAACGACUCCUUCGAGAAAAGCAAGAGCAGUCAAGUCUCUCUCCUGAACAAAGACAUACACAGAGACCCAUGUCAGAACCACUGGACUUGGUGAGCCAAGCUCCCCAGACAGAUACACUAAGAGGAACACCUCUGGGUCCCUUAGUGCCUCUCGGUUCUCUGUCUUCUGGCUAUGUCCGACGUGGUGUGAGUGAAUCCGGGGACCUGCUGGCUCCCAAACCCAACCGUCAUGACAACUCCUUCAGUGACUUUUGCAGCACGGCUCCCUGCUUGAGCCUCGGUCUGCGCCCUCUACCUCCGGACCAACCUACUGUCAAGAGCCUUGGAGCCUUACAGCAGAUCUGCGAGGAAGAAGAGGAUGAGGAUGAUGAAAACGAGCAGAACAGGGAUGAGAUUAAACUUGAGGUGGCACCACUUCCUUCAACGGAUCUCUCGUUGAAACCCUCUAGGACAUCUUUGCAAUCAGAGACUCAGAGGAGAACAGGGAGGCCGUCUUGUAAAGUGAUGGGAAACUGUGAAACGCUGGCUGAGGAGGGGGAACUUGAGGAAGGGUCGGAAAUCACGGAAGAGCAGAAGAAGCCUUCGGAUUCAGUAUCUAACAUCACUUCUGGCACCAUAGAACAUCAAGGACAGAUGCCCCCAAACUCUGAAGCCCAUGUGAAAGAGUUAAAGCACACAGAGCAACCAGGUAGAGAAAGGGACAUGGGUGUUUUCACCCACCUUAGCUUGUCUUUAGAUGAGCAAGAAGGAGAACAAAUUCAAGGUCCAAAUAUAGAUGAACCUCCACCACCUCCCAGACUAGAUGUUGUUCAGUGCUGCUGGGGACAGUGUGAACCUUCGAAGGACACGCUAGAAAACAACAAUAACACUCUAGCCAAAUCUCGACUGCUUGAAGUUGGGGUGGUGUCAACCCCUUGUGGUUCCCCGAGGUCCCUGCCAAGGAACCACUGUGUGGACCUGGGUCCUGAUGGGGUGGAGAUGCGUAAGACUGCGGGUGGAGUCGAGAAACCUGAGGAGGUACAGCCUAAACCACAAAAGGGCCUCCAGGGAACCAGGGACACAAAUACUGACCCUGCUAUCCGGGCUGAUCCCAACAAGGUCAAGAACGUAAACUUGCGAGAACGUCUGCUGCAGUUCCCUCUCUGUGAAAAAGCCUUGUCCUUCAACAUCCAGCCCACUUCUAAAGAGAAGCUCCUCCCAUUUGCACAGUACAACUGUUGCCAUGUGUUGUAGAGGUUGUAUCCAGAGAUCAAGGAACAAACUGAUACCAACCGAAACCUUCCAACCUCUACAACUCUGGAGUUGUUCAGACAAUUAAAGAAAAUGUGUGUCUCACCUCAUACUGUAACCUCAGAGGUGCUUUUCCACACAAUCUACUUAUUGUAUAUCUUUAUUUUUUUUCCCAACCCAGCAUUCCUUGCUGCUUUCCUGUAAAACAGUUAACCUCUUGGCAAUGCUGUGUAUACCUGUAUCUACUGACACUGCUCACUAUAUUCUGUGCUAUCUCAGAGACUUUCAUUAGAAAUAUUGUAUGUCUUGCUAGCGUAGGAGCUUUAAUUCAAUAACUUCUCAUUUUGCACUGUAAAAUCUUUACUACAAUAAGAGUUCCACCGAGUUUAGUCAUAUCACUUAGCGAGUGGGUGAAGACCAUGCUUCAGAGCAACACAUAAUAAGCCAACACAAGAACAGACAAUGAACAAUCACAACAGUGGAUGUUUAGAUUUAAGAACUAGCUGUCCAGUCAGUUUAGUAGUCCUGACGUUUUUGGUUU